GAGCCCCAGAUCAGCAGACGCCACUCUCCUGUGUCCUGUCGGCCUCGCCUCGGCACCGCCUGGCGGCGAUGCUCCAGAAGUGGGGCCUCACCGACACCGCAUCGAAAGGAGGCCCAGAGGCCACGCUCCAGAAGGCUGCGCGCAAGUUCCUGGCGCUGCCCAGCUCCUCCCUUGGCGGCCUCACGGCUCGGAAGGUCAAAGAGGCAGGUCCUCAGGGCCAGCCCGGGGAUGCCGCGCGUGGGGCCGCGGCCGAGUGGCGCCGGGCAGCCGCAGACGUGCUGCUGUCCUCUCCGGCAGCGCAGAGCCUGGUUGCAAGCCAAGACUCGUGUGGGCGAACGGCACUGCACCACGCUGCGGGUGCUGGCGACGCACACAUGGUGGAGGUGCUUCUGAGCAAUGGGGCUGACAAGGAUGUGAAGGACCGGCAUGGUCGCACAGCAGCGCACGUAGCCGCUGCCCGGCGUCACCGUGAGGUGGCCACGCAGCUCGCGGAAUCCAAGAAGGAGGCCCAAGACCCCGACACUUUCGGGCACACGGUGGAAAGCAUCCUCCGAGAGCAGAUGCGCUCCGACGUGCCCACGAUCCAGUCUGAGCAGCUCAGCCUCGAGAGCGAGGCGUUCUUGCGCCAGUAUGUCUCAGUGAACCAGCCUGUGCUGAUCAAAGGAGGCGCUUGGCACAUGGAGGCAAUGUCUUGGUCUGACUACCGCUUUUUGGAGUCUGCCCUUGGCAGAGAAGUGGUGCAGGCGGCCCCCGUACCCUAUGCCAAGAACAUGGGCUUACCCGGUGCCGUUGAGGGGACGCUGUCCGAGAUGCUGAAGUCACCCAAGGUAUGGCGCGCCGAAGACGCGAGCUCAAGCGAUCCGGAGAGCCCGCCUCUGUACGUCUUUGAUGCCACUGUCCUUCGCCGCCGGAGGGAUCUGAUGAAGGCUUCCGCGCCACUGCGGCAGGUCUUCAUGGAGAAGUACUGCUCCCACGUGCGCAUGCCGCAGCUGGGCGUGGGCUUCCGGGGAGCCGGGGCCCCGAUGCACACCCACCACGCGGCCGUGAACGCCUCCUACGCGGGCCAGAAGCGAUGGUUCCUCAUGCCACCGGAAUCCGCCUCUUGGUCUCUGGAUCCUGCCGGGACCUGGGAGCGGACCCCAGAGUUCCAGGCGCUGCGCGAGUCGGGGAAGCUCCUGGAGGUGGUCCAGGAAUGUGGAGACAUCCUCUUUGUGCCGGAGGGUUGGGGCCACGCCACGGUCCUUGACAGCUAUGCUGUUGGUGUGGCGCAGGAGUUCGUGCCCUGGGCCAGCAUCAAUGGUUGA